UCGAAGUCGAAAAAGAGUGAACUGUGCAGUUGCCGGCGGGUGGCAGCCGCUCCGCUCCCGACCUAAAAGACGCCAUGGCAGAGAAAGAGCCCGUGAAGUCGAAGCCAAGACCAAUCAUACGAUUAGGCCUCUUCCUCAUGUCUCAUAGUCUCCUUGUUAGUGUAGUGUGCUGUACGGCUGGCAUUUUGGCGCUCCUGCUCUUGCCUGUUCUCGCCAAGAACACCUACAUUUCCGAAAACGCUCUCAUGCCUGGUUCUGCCAGCCCAAUGCUCUCCAGUGAUGAUGUUUCGGAGGCAAGCAGAUUUGUGGACAAGAUUUUGAGCUUAGAUUCAAGUUCUGCAAGCUUAGGCAUAGAAAUUCCGAGAUUGAUAAAGCAGCAUAUUACAGCAUUGGGUGGCGAAGUUAAUUAUCAUGAAUUUAGAUCCCAAUUGAAUACAUUCCGUCCACUGCAGUUUUUUGCCAGUCCUGAUCCUGGAAUCAUCCAAGAGAAUUCUAGUUGUAUGUCAUAUGGUCUUAAUACUGUUGGAAUUAUUAGAGCUCCACGUGGAGAUGGGAAGGAAGCUAUAGUAAUAGUGACACCUUACAAUUCUAGGAAAGUCACUGCCGGCGAGGCUUUAUCACUAGGCAUUGGAUACUCUGUCUUCUCUUUGCUAACCCGAGUUACUUGGCUUGCAAAGGAUAUUAUAUGGCUGGCUUCAGAUUCACAAUAUGGGGAAUAUGCUGGAGUAGCUGCUUGGCUCAGAGAGUACCAUACACCAUUCUUUGGUGGCUUGGGAAAGCUACAUUCUGAAAUAUGUUGUGAACCAAGUGGUUUUUCUGAGUUUGAAACAGAUGCAAUUUUAGAAACAGGAAUUUCUGAUACUUUUCGACAUGCUGGCACAAUGGCUGCUGCUCUUGUUAUUAAAGUAGCAGAUAGUAGCUCAGAGUUUGAGAAGGAUGCUCUUAGCAUUUAUGCUGAAGCGUCCAAUGGUCAGAUGCCAAAUCUGGAUUUGGUCAAUAUCGUGAACUAUCUAGCAGUACAUGGGCAGAAUUUAAGGGUGAAGGUGGAGAAAAUACAGUCAUUUCUUCACUCUUGGUGGCUAAGGGGUCUGGGUGGACUAUUUGAGUCUCUGGGAAAACUUGCUAGAAGUCUGAACCCUCAAUGGAGCUUUGGUAUAUCAAUUGCUGAAUAUGUUGAGGGUUCUGCUACACUUGCCAGCUCCCUGUAUAAUCAGGCAUUGGGUGUUCCAACAGGUCCACAUGGGGCUUUUCGUGACUAUCAAGUAGAUGCAAUAACUAUGGAGUUCUCACGCCAGCUUUCACCAGGUUAUAGAAACCGACAAACUGAGUUCCUUAUGCGAGGAGGCAGGUUGGUAGAAGGAGUUGUACGAUCUGUAAAUAACCUGCUUGAGAAGUUUCACCAGUCCUUCUUUCUAUAUCUCUUAACGUCUCCGAAUAGAUUCGUUUCUGUUGGAGUUUACAUGAUUGCUUUUGCAUUGCUCGUUGCUCCCCUUCCCAUGGUUGCAGCUUCACUCUUUUCUGAUGCCAGUAAAUUGGGUUCUAUGAAUGAGCAAUCCACUUCAGGCCCCUUUAGUAAACCUGCUCUCAAGUUUAGGUCGUGGAAAUGGCUUCAUGCAGCAAGAACUGUGUUGAUCGUUCAGUUUUGGGGUGCCUUUAUGACUUUACUUCCUUACUUUUACUGCCACAUACCUAAUUCCUCCCCGAUGACCAGACUUUUGAUCUGGAUUGUGCUUUUGAUUAUCAGCCUUUUGCUCUUAUGGUUGAAUUUAGGUUCAAUAUUUUCACAUGGUAACAAUACUCAAUCUCAGAGGACACAAUGGGCUUAUUUAAAAUCGGUGACAAUUGCAGCUGCCUUUACAGGGCUUUGUCUAAUGUCAGUGAUCAACUUUGCAACAGCGGAAAUUGGAGCCCUACUGCUGGUUCCCAUGUGUUUGAUGACAGUACCAAUGAAGCUUAAAGGUUGGACCUUGAGAACCUCUAUGCAAGUUGCUUGUAAUCUAGUUUUGACCUUUCUUGGGUUUCCACCAGUUGCAUUUGUAGUCUUAAAAGGUGCACUCAAGGGUUUUGACAGCAUAAGCAUCGGUGAAUUUUGGACAUGGAUGGAGGCACUUUGGGAAUGGAACAGUGCUACAUACGUGUACAUUUGUAUGGUUCACCUUCCGUGUUGGGUUUUGUGUAUCCUCACUUUGUUACAUCCUUGUUGAAAGAAUCCAAGUCAUGUGUUGUGCAUUGUAUGACAUGCAGAACUAAAUAGUUGGCUGCCUUCGUUUA